CGAAGACGAUGCAUCGUCAUUGCAACCGGCAGUCUCUCGCGGGCUGUCGUUCGCGCCGCAUGCAGUUCCGCAUUCGUUCUCCUUCAGAUCGCGCCUCUUAUUAGUAGAUCGCGUUUUAAGAUGAGAUAGAAAUAGGUGAUAGUAAAUUAAUUAAAUAGUGAUCAACAUUUAGCGAUGUUCGAUCGAUAAUACUGUUUGAAUCAAGUGUUGCAGUAGGAUCCGUAAAUUGGUUACAGGUGAAACUGGAAGGGUGGAGUUCGAAUCAAGAGCAGCGAGAAAAAGUGACAGGCGAAAAAAUGGAUUCUCACGACAACCAGAUAGGGCUCCAGCUUCUUGAUCCAUGGCUAGAUCUACGUGGGACGCCACGAGCCGUAAUCACGCCAGGCUCGAAGCGGAAUGUCCGUGGGUUCGGGAGGGCGGGCACCGUUUAAGCGGGCAACAGCCACUUCUAUCCCAAUCACGAACAAGUCCACGAAAGCCCGAUCGAAACCCGAACCAAAGCCACCGGCCGGCACGGGAAAAAAGCGGGACGUGGUCGCGUCGUUUUUCAGCCCGAAAAGGCCAACGAGCAGAAAAGUCGAGCGGCCUGGCAGACACGAGGCGAAGCUAGAGGAGCGACACCACAAAUCGCUGUUUCGCAGAGGCCAACAACAACCGCCGACGCAGUCGCAGCAGCAACAACAGCAACAGAUCCCGCUGCGUCAGGCGCCAAGUGCCUCCUCGCUUGAGGCGAAGAACGAAACCCCAUCGGUAGGCAACUGGGGCUCCCUCGGUAAGGAAGGAGCCAAAGGGAACGCUAAGGGUAGCUUCAAUCCAAAGGGACCCGGCAAGGGGUCCAGGAUGCAGGAGCUGGAGCGUGAGAUCGAGGUGUUGCGCAAGGACCACGCACGACUCGAGUCGAAUCUACGUGAGGCAUCUUGCGAUACUCAGCAUCUUCACGAACUACGCGCUGAACUCACCUCUCUCAAGGAACAGCAUAGUUUGGAGUUAGACCGCCUUACAGAAGAGAACGAAGCUCUUCGUGCAAGACUCAGAGACGUUGCACAUUCUCCCUUGUCAGAUUCAGAGAAGCAACAGUUACUUCUGGAUGCCUCAAGAUUACACAAUUCUGCACCAGCAUCAAUAGCAAUCCCCCAAGAUGAAGGAUCCACACCUAUCACCAUAUCCCAAGAUAGUGCUCAGUGUACCACCCCAGAUUGGGACAAGCAUUCUUCUAGUUCUGUAUCAGAGGUUUCUGUCGCAUGUUUGCAAGAUAGAAUUCUGCAAAUGGAAGAAACGCAUUAUUCAACAAAUGAAGAGUUACAGGCAACAAUACAAGAAUUAAGCGAUCUACAAGCACAGCUUACAGAACUACAAGCUGACAAUGAGAGAUUAACAGAAGAGAAAGAUGUGCUGUUGGAAUCACUCUGUAGACAAACAGAGAAACUCGAAGACUCCCGUACCAAGGUUGACACAUUACAAGGUCUAUUGUUAAGGGAGGAGCAACCACAGGAAUCUUCCAAAGGGUAUAAUACAGAACGGGAACAGAAAUUAGUAGACCUUCUAAAAAGUGCACAAGAAGAACGAGAAUCAUUGCUGCAGAAACAAGAGGAACUAACAUCUGAAGUGAAGAGCCUUCGAGCAGCUGCAGAGGUCAGUGCUGCGGAAACAGAGCGAUUAACAAAAUGUGUACACCUUUUGGAAUCCUCGGUGGAGACGGCGAGUAUCGAACGGAAGCAACUGGACAUGGAACUAGCAGAAGCCAGGCAAGAGGGUGCAAAUCGGAAUAUAGAAAUCAGUAGGUUAGCCACGCUCUUGGAAAAUGCUCGAGCGAAAAUCGAGGAAUUAGAACAAUCGAGGCAAGUGGAAAACAAAAGCGAGGCAGAUGAACUUUUGGAUGCUGCUAGAAGAGAGAAAGACACUUUGGAAACGCAAGCGGCUGCCCUGCAAGAGCAGUUGGCACGUUCGCAUUGUGAUCAUGACCGUCUUAGGGAUCAAUACUCACAGCUUCAAGAAGAAUACAAAGUUGCGCGUAAUAAUGCCAAGUCAGCAAUAGAUGACCUGGAAUACAGGUUAAACCAGUUGAAGGACGAAAGAUUAUCCGUGAGUGCAGAACUACAACUCGUGAGAGAUUCUCUUGCGGAGUUGCAGGCACAAUGUCAAAGGCACCUGGAAGAUAAAAGAGAGUUAAAGGCCGCAUUGAACGAGGCUCAAAGAACGGAACGCGAAGCUCAAACGCGUCAGUACGAAUUAGAGCGAGCGUUGUCUGAAGAACGUAAGUUGAGGCAAGAACAGGCUACCGAGUGGGAACAGUUUCAAACGGACCUCCUGAUGACCGUUCGCGUGGCGAACGAUUUUAAAACGGAGGCUCAGAGUGAGCUGGAGCGAGUUAUGAUGGAGAAUAAAGCACAGAGGGAUAAACUGAGAGCAUUAGAAGCUCAGCUCGAUAAACUGAAUAAAGGCAGCACUGCAGUUCCUCAAUUUAAGAGUUUCGGUAGCACUACUGGAAAUUCUCGCAAGCCGACUAACAAUAUCUUAAAACGCGGUCGUACCAUUAUAAAGAGGCGGCAUGAGUGCAGAAAGGGCGGUUUAAAACCCAAUCUUUUUAAAAAAACGUCUGAAUUGGAUCCAAAUGAAAAAGAGGAUUUGCAAAUUGAAGACUUGAAAGAGUUAAAUUCAGUAAUUCAUCAGGAAGAUAUUGAAUUCGACGAUAGUAGCGAAAUUUUAUAUUCCAAGGAUCCUAUUAAACUAAAUGACAAAUUAAUUUCUGGAGAAGAAAUUGAGAUUUGUCCUUCCUUCGAAUCAAAAGAUAAUUUACUGGAGCUUGUUGAUGAUUUUGAAAAACAACCUUUGAUAGAAUUAGAUUCCAAUAACGAGGCAUUAAAUAUCGAGGCUUCUAAUUUUAAAAGAACAAAAUCAAAGAAGUUUCUUAAGACCUCUGAAGAUUAUCAAAAGCUUCAUGUAUCAAGUAUAUCAGCUUCAGAGGAAAAUGAAAUUGCAAAAUCAUCCUUAUUGAAGAACAUAAAGGGCAUUCAAAAUGCCGGGACAGAUUCGUACGGUAUUCAAAUUUCUAAUAGUCGAUUUUUCGUUCCUAAAAAUUACGUGUAUUCCGGAUUGGAAAAUGCAAUGGAUGAUUUAAAAUUUGAGGUAGAUCCGGAAAUGAGGAAAGUGUUGCAAGAAAGCACUCAAACAAGCAAUGACUCGAUAAAUACAGAUAAUUCUGAAGUAACUAGCACCCAAGAAUCUCAACACACAAACGAGCCUAAUAUGAAAGAUAUAUUUUUGUCCGAUACAGGGGAUAAAGAAAAUUCUUUACUUUCGCAGCUCGGAACUUCGAAAUUUAACGAAUCGGAGGAAGAGUCUAAGAGCGAUUUCUCUUCAAAUAAAAAGCCCAGGUUAUUUCUGAAGAAAAACGAAUCCAGAUCUGGCAGUGAAAUUGUGGACUCUCUUUUAGACAGUACUCGCAAGCAAGAUAUCUUCAAUUCUACUUUAGAAAAUCGAACCUUUUCUACAUCGCUAGACAAUCUAAAUUUACGAACUUACUCUGCUGAUCAUUUGGACAAUAGUAAUAUCAGGAAGAUAAGACAAAAGGAAGAUUUGAUUCCUCUUAAUGGUUACAUUAACAAAAGUGCCAUACGUUACAGAGACACCAAUGAUUUAAUAUCUGUAAGACCAAAAAGUUUUUCAUUUGAACCUUACUUACCCCAAAAAUCAGAAGAUUUGGUUCUUGCAAAUAUUAAAAAAAGGAAAGAUAAAGAAAGAGAAGAAUAUAGUACAUAUUCUAUUCUUUCUUCAUUGGAAAAUUUACCUAGAUCUGCUUUAGAUCCUCCAUUGGCACCAUUCUCCUCUCGACUCGCACCAAAAGAACAUCUAAUAUCGUUUUCAAAAGAAACUACCAAAGCAUUAGAUUCUACUUCAACACAAAAGACUACUAGUGGAGCUUUGGGGUUCAACAAUGAAUUAAGGGAGAUUGGGAAGAAUCUAACUCUUUGCGAAGCAAAUAGAUUGAAACGCAUGAAAUUCUUAAACAUGAACUUGUCUCAAUCUGAACCAAGUAUAGAGUCUCAGACAAAUAGUUUGGUAAUUACGGAUGAAAAGAAGAUACAAAAUGAGAGCUUAAGCUCAACCUCGGAAUUAAAAAUAGGUCAGAAUAGUAGCGAUUCAAUGUUCAAGGAUAAAUCUCUGAUAGGGAGGACUUCGUCUUUAAGAGAGAAGUUUGAGACGAUCAUAGAGGAUGUGGAACUGAGACCAGGCCGACAAAUAGGUACAAUACGCGACCCUAACCAGAAAGUGAUUCAACAACCGCAACAAAGGCCAGCAAGCACACCGACGGAAACUCAACACUGUGUGUUGACAAGCGUUCAACAGGAGAUUGCCGCGCGUCGGAAGGCUAAUAUUUCUCGUCAGGAUUCAAGGCUAUCUGUGAAAUGUUUAAUAGAAAGUAUUGAGAAUGCUACAAAACAAGCAAAAGCAGGCCCUGGAAGUCGUAGUAGUUCUACGUCCUCCCUUAAUUCCAUUGGAACUAAUGAUAUAAUGACAUUAAAAGCCCCACUUCGUGAUCAGCAGCAGAUCAAUAAUUUAAUCUGCACGACGAACUCAACGAAUAAUAAUAAAACCCAAACCGCAAUCACUAGAAAACCUCUGUCAGAAACAAAGUCAACAGUGCCUGUAGUGUUGAGUCCUGGCGAACUGCUAGAUUCUGCUACACUGAACGCGAAGGCAAUCGACUUUGUACGUCGCAACAGCGUGACGGACUUAUCAGAGCGCAAAGAUCCUCUCUGUGGAUUAAUAAAAAACGGAGGCUCGAAACGAAACGCAUUGCUCAAAUGGUGCCAGAACAAGACUAUGGGUUACCGGAAUAUUGAUAUCACGAAUUUUAGUAGUUCGUGGAACGACGGUUUGGCUCUUUGCGCCAUCCUCCAUUCCUAUCUUCCACACAAGGUACCAUAUGAUACGUUGACACCAGUGGAAAAGAGAAGAAACUUUUCUAUUGCUUUCUCCGCUGCGGAAAGCGUUGGGAUAUCUACUACGUUGAACAUAGGGGAAAUGUGUCAAUUGGAGCGACCUGACUGGCAACAAGUUAUGACAUACGUGACCAGUAUUUACAAGCAUUUCGAAACCUAAUUUUCGGUUCGGUGUCUCCUAUCAUCAAGACGGUUCCUCCUCUCAUUGAGAAUUCACCGUUGGACCGAGUACGAAUCAAGAACAAGAUCAUCUAGUCAUCUAAAAAACAAAUUUUCUAUAGGGACAAAAAUCUUUCCAAGAACUUUUUUCUUUUUUGGAUUUCCAAGGAUCGCUGGAUUAUAGCACUGCCUACGCCUAAUGCCUGUGUAUGAUCGCGAGAGUGUGGAUUUCAAUGGGACAUAUAAAUCUGACACCAAAUGGAAUUGCUUUUUACUAUGAGACUGAAUGUUUUUAAUAUACAUGCAUAUAUUAUAUAUAUAUGUUAAGAACCGGAGACAAAGAAAUAGAGGCAGGGAUUUAUAAAGAAAAACAGGAAGUAACUAGAGAGAGACGUGCUUCUGUAAAAGAGAGAAAAAAAUGAAUAUAGAAAAAUGCAAGCUUUAUCGAGUCUUCUUGUGCGUGAAUAUGUAUCAUAUAUAUGUUUCAGUGCCUCCAUUGCAAAGCCAAUACAUUAAUUCCAUUACAUGCAAGAGGGUUUUUUUCUACCUUUCAUAAGUCUUGCAUUUUUUUGUAGCUGACACAAGUGUCGAGGUAAAUAUUUCCGUUCCUCUCAUACUGUGAGUAUUUUUCUACUUGUAUUAUUUUUCGAGAAACUUUUGUAAAGUUUUAAGAACGAAUGUACAGAAUGAAGCGCCUUAAUUUAAAAAAGAGAAAACCUAAUUUAUUGUAUUAGUCACGUUUUUUAGUAUAUAUAUAUAUAUUAUAAUAUUAUACAAAAGCCGAGCAGCAAAUUUAUUAGAGAGACGAGAAAGCAUCGUUUAAGUUCUACUUUCUGAGUAUAGUAAAGAACGAACGAAAAUAUUCAUGAAGAUUAAGUUCUCUGUGAUAUAGCGAAAUAGCCCCGAAACAGAGAUAGAAACGUUAUCGUUAUUGCUCUUAUUAUUAUCAUUAUUAUUAUUACUAUUAUUAUUACACUACUACUACUAUUACUACUACUACUACUACUGCUGCUACUGCUACUAUUAAUACUAUUGCUACUAUUAAUAUCAUCCUCAUCGUCAUUGUUGUACCAUUGUAGACAAUAUGCUGUCUGACAUAAAACAAUAAACUUGCCUAAUGACUAUUUAAAAA